AUGGCAUCGUUCCAGACAUCUCUGAACUUGUCUGCUUCUCUGGAACAUCUAUAUGCAGCCAUCCAGCAGAAUAUGUCAGCUGAGCAUCUAACAGCCUUUAACCAUGACCUGAUGUCUGCAUUUGGAGGGAGCACCAAGAUCCAAGGACAAAGGUCGUCCAUGGACCCCAUACAGAGGAUAUUUGGAGCGGAUCACUCCUCAGAAAUCGAGUACCUAAAGCAAGUUCCUGGUAUAACCAAUGAUAAGAAGAGGAUGGCAGAGCUCCUGGUACGUUACGACCGGAAGCUUAAACAUGAGCUGGAGGACUUCUAUGAGAGGUUGGUAGUAGAGAGAAGCAUGAACACCACUGAGACAGUGAUGGACACACGGACGGCCACAGCGGAGCUGGGUUGGAUAGCUUAUCCUGCCUCUGGGUGGGAGGAGGUGAGUGGCUAUGAUGAGAACCUCAACACCAUCAGGACCUACCAGGUGUGUAACGUGUUCGAGCCCAGCCAGAACAACUGGCUCCUCACCACCUUCAUCGACAGACGAGGGGCUCAGCGUGUCUAUGUGGAGAUGCGUUUCACCGUACGUGACUGCAGCUCCAUCCCUAGUGUCCCCGGCUCCUGUAAGGAGACUUUCAACCUCUACUACUACGAGACAGACUCGGUCAUCGCCACCACCAAGGGAACCUCCUUCUGGAUGGAAGCUCCCUACCUGAAGGUGGACACCAUCGCGGCCGACGAGAGUUUCUCCCAAGUGGACUUCGGCGGACGAUUGAUGAAGGUCAACACGGAGGUGCGGAGCUUUGGUCCUCUCUCCCGUAAUGGGUUCUACUUGGCCUUCCAGGACUACGGGGCCUGCAUGUCCCUGCUGUCAGUACGUGUCUUCCAUAAGAAAUGCCCCAGCGUGGUGCAGAAUUUCGCCAUCUUCCCAGAGACGAUGACGGGUGCCGAGAGCACCUCACUGGUCAUCGCCAGAGGCACGUGCAUCGCUAACUCAGAGGAGGUGGACGUGCCGAUCAAGCUGUACUGCAAUGGAGAUGGGGAGUGGAUGGUUCCCAUCGGGAGCUGCACCUGCAAGGCUGGCUUUGAGCCGGAUAACGGCAAUGUCUGUAGAGCGUGUCCUCAGGGAACGUUCAAGUCCACCCAGGGGCCAGGGCUGUGUCUGCAGUGCCCCCCCAACAGCCGCUCCACUGUGGAGGCUGCCACUAUCUGCGGCUGCCGUAACGGAUACUACAGAGGAGACAUGGACCUGCCCGAGGCCUCCUGCACCAGUGUCCCCUCUGGUCCCAGGAAUGUAAUCUCCAUCGUCAAUGAGACCUCGGUAAUCCUGGAGUGGCACCCGCCUAGGGAGACUGGCGCCCGCGAUGACGUCACCUACAACAUCGUGUGCAGGAAGUGCCGUGCGGAUCGGCCAUUGUGCUCCCACUGUGAUGACAACGUGGAGUAUGUGCCCAGGCAGCAGGGCCUGACUGAGACCAGGGUGUUCAUCAGUAACCUGUGGGCCCACACCCCCUACGCCUUUGAGAUACACGCUAUCAAUGGAGUCACCAACAAGAGCCCCUACCCUGCCCAGCACGUGUCCAUCAACAUCACUACCAACCAGGCUGCUCCUUCCAUGGUUCCCAUCAUGCACCAGGUCAGCUCCACCAUGAAGAGCUUCACAUUGUCAUGGCCACAGCCUGAGCAGCCCAAUGGAAUCAUCCUGGACUAUGAACUAAGGUACUAUGAAAAGGACCACACUGAGUUGAAUUCAACCAUGGUGCGGAGCCAGACCAACACUGCCCGUGUGGAGGGCCUGAAGCCAAGCAUCAUGUACGUGGUACAGGUCCGUGCCAGGACGGUGGCAGGCUUCGGCAAAUACAGCAGCAAGCAGUGCUUCCAAACCCUGACAGAUGAUGAGUAUAAAUCGGAGCUGAGGGAGCAGCUGCCUUUGAUUGCAGGCUCAGCGGCUGCAGGAGUGGUCUUCCUUGUAUCAUUGGUGGCCAUCUCCAUCGUCUGCAGCAGGAAGAGAUCAUACAUGAAGGAGACUAUAUACAGUGACAAACUGCAGCACUACAAAAUACAUAUCAUCACACCUGGGAUUAAGAUCUACAUUGAUCCCUUCACCUACGAGGACCCCAACGAGGCCGUCCGAGAGUUUGCCAAGGAGAUCGAUGUGUCUUGUGUGAAGAUCGAGGAGGUCAUUGGUGCAGGCGAGUUUGGGGAGGUGUAUAAGGGUCGUCUGAAGCCGGCUGGGAAGAGGGAACUGUACGUGGCCAUUAAGACCCUGAAGGCGGGCUACGUGGAGAAGCAGAGGCGGGACUUCCUGUCUGAGGCCAGCAUCAUGGGCCAGUUUGACCACCCCAACAUCAUCCGACUGGAGGGCGUGGUCACUAAGAGCCGGCCAGUCAUGAUCAUCACAGAGUUUAUGGAGAACGGGGCCCUGGACUCCUUCCUGAGGCAAAACGACGGGCAGUUCACAGUGAUCCAGCUAGUGGGGAUGAUGCGUGGCAUCGCCGCAGGCAUGAAGUACCUGGCAGAGAUGAACUACGUCCACAGAGACCUGGCCGCCCGCAACAUCUUGGUCAACAGCAACCUGGUCUGCAAGGUGUCCGACUUCGGCCUGUCCCGUUACCUGCAGGAUGACACAUCAGACCCCACCUAUACUAGCUCCCUGGGAGGGAAGAUCCCGGUGAGAUGGACAGCCCCUGAGGCCAUUGCCUACAGGAAGUUCACCUCAGCCAGCGACGUGUGGAGCUACGGCAUCGUCAUGUGGGAGGUGAUGUCAUUUGGCGAGCGGCCGUACUGGGACAUGAGCAACCAGGACGUGAUCAAUGCCAUAGAGCAGGACUACCGUCUGCCCCCUCCCAUGGACUGCCCCACAGCACUACACCAGCUGAUGCUGGACUGCUGGCAGAAAGACAGAAACGCCCGGCCCAAAUUCCCUGACAUCGUCAAUACGCUGGACAAAAUGAUGCGCAACCCUACCAGCCUCAAAGCUGUGGCCACCAUCACUGCAGUGCCUUCUCAGCCCCUGCUGGGCCGCUCCAUUCCAGACUUCACCACCUUCACCUCUGUGGAGGACUGGCUAGAUGCCAUCAAGAUGGGCCAGUACAGAGACACCUUUCUGGGGUCCGGCUUCACCUCCUUACCCCUGGUGGCUCAGAUCACCUCUGAAGACCUGUUGAGGAUAGGAGUGACCCUGGCCGGCCAUCAGAAGAAGAUCCUGAGCAGUGUCCAGUCUAUGAGGGACCAGAUGGCCCAGUCCCCCAACUCCAUGGCCUGACUACAGGGGUGCCACCACCACCACCAUGGAACCCAUAGUAGAACUCCUGAUGACCCUAAAGAAUACACCAGGGUGGAGACACUAGCCUUGAUCUAACAACAACAUUCACGCCCCCAACACACACUUUCUCAAGACCAGAGGGAAAGAUACCUGCCCUCUAGUCUACUGAAGGUACAAAGGGAUAUAAGAGAAGAUUCUGCCUCAGAACAACUUCACUGGUUCAAUCACGGCAGUCUAUCAAGUUGGCUUAUUUUUUGCUGAAGAAUAGAGCAAGUGGAAAUGCAAGAGCGUUUGUUUGCUUGCCGUGACAGAUGGUCUUGAAGUGCUAAAAAUAAAAUGUAAAAAACCUGUGCUACUUUAUGUGAGGAUCAAUGGGAUGACUUAGCCAAAGAACAGCAUCAAACGGUGUCACCCAAAUUUUAAAAAAGAUACAAAAAAGAUAUUAAAAUCAAAACAAGUAGAUUGACUUCUUAUUUAAAUGAAUCUUCAUAUUGAAGAUGAUUUGUAAAUACUAUAUGGAUAUUAAUUUUAUGCUUGCAUUUUUUGCAAUAACAGCUAGUUUCACCUGAAUAGUUUAGGAUUGUUGUAGUCAUGAAGGGUUAUUUUCUAUGGAGGCACUUGGAAGUUCUUCCCAAUAGGAGGCAGAUCCAUGGGGUAAAGACCGACAUGACUGAUUCUGUAUAAAGGAUACACUGUUUAUAUAUACAUAUAAGAUAUCUCUUUGUAAUGUUUUAGGCUUUCAGAGACCAGAUUGACAUUGAACCCAUACAACUGCAAGAGUCAGUAAGUGUCUAGUGUUGUGCAUCGAAUACCCAGGGUAAGAAAAAAUGUUACAGGGACAGUGAAGGUUAUAUGAAAUCUGAAAGUUGUAUUGACAGUCUCAAGUGCUUUGUGCUUUCACCACACUACUACCCUAGAACGUUACCUACCAUUUCCAGUUCCUUUUCAAAUAUGACAACAGAACAUCUUUCCCAGCUUGACAUGUUGGGUUGACUAUGCUGUGUUGAUUCUGGGCCACUCGAGGCGCGUUAAAGAAUUGUGUCAAAAGCAUGUUGUAAGUCAGUGAAGGUUGUUGUUAUUAUGACAGAGAGAGUGGGAAUAUAAGUAAUAGGGAUGGACUUUGCAAAGCUACCUUUUAAUUAACACAGGUGACUUCCUCCCACGCCAAGCCAUUAAGUGGCAGGAAUGAGGUUCAAAACGCCUGGGGGAAUCCUGAUCGUUACAGACCGGUCAUUCUCCUAUCAAAUUCUGACAUUUCAUUGCCUUGUACUUCCUCUCCUUUUUUAAUUACGUUGAUAUCUACUAAUGAUAGACAUCAUCUAUUUGCGAUCAGCUCAUAAUGAUGUGUGGUGAUGAUGGGGGCUGUUGGAACAGUGCAGGUUAAUAGCUUGAAGAGGGUGGCUGUGUUCUUCUGGGGACCUAGACGCUGGAACUGAAGCAUCAAAUUCAUUACCCAGCUCAAAUAUGAUGGAUUACAGGGUAACAAGUGGGAGCCUUCUAACAUAAUACCUUUUGAAAAGUGUCUACUGUUCAUUUGUGUGCAUAUUUGCUCAGCAGGCCUUAGACUGCAUGUGAAGCUAUGUACAGAGUAACUGCCAUCUCCAUUACAAAUCAUUGUCUCUCUAACUACUAUCACAGUAGGAGCUGUCUUCAGCAGUGUCAUGGUAACCCCUCACAGUUAGUUAUUGGUGGCAACAAAGAGUUAUUACUGAACAGAGCAGACUGUACUGUAUGUCAGGGCCCAUCAGGUUAAGUGUUACAAAAACACUUUCGCCAAAUUUGUCUCAACAGUACCUAAUGGAUAACAUAAUACUGAGAGUAUUGUAUCACCUGCAUUCAAGCAGAGACUUUGAAGAAGAAAGUGUCAUUAUGUAAUUUUAAGUCUUUCUAAAUUAGACAUCUGUUCAUUCUGUGGGGACACAUAAAAAGUUGCUGUCCUUAUUCAAGUUUUCCUUUUUAUAAUAGUAAUUUGGUAGCUGUUGAACGUUAGUGUUCAGCUUCACUCCACUGAUUCGGGUAAUAGACUGGUGGAAUUGGAAAAAGUGUUGUUAUUUUGAAGAUGAAAGCUGGGAGAAGUUGGAGAACUUGCACUGAAUGUGAAAGUAGUCUGACAUUGUGAGGUCUCUUAUCUGUGUUCUGCAUUUAAAGUGCCUUUCUGUAAUUCAGACAGUCUCAUUAAAAGUCAAGGUCCAACAGCAAAUGCAGACACUCCCAGACUCAUUGAGGCAAACUUAGAGAUUCCUAUUCCUAAGUGGACGCAUUCCUUAUUCAAGUGGACAUACUUUAUGGUGGUAUUGCUGACUUUCUAGACUGUUUAAUUGUCACAUUGACUUCACCUCCCCUUGUAAUUGUGCCACUUUAAGUAAUCCCCCAGCAGAUAAGAAACCUCCUAGCCCAAACCCUAACUCGAACUUUCACUCCCUUGCUCUCCUAUACUCCUGCCACUUAAACAAACUUGUCUCCCAGGAUAUUGCUGUUUUUGGAGUGUUUUGAGAAAUUUUUCUCCAAUUUUUUGGGGGGGUUUGUCUGUUUUCAAAAUCAGUAUUUAUCUACAUUUUGAGGAAUGGGAUAUUUCCAGCUCGUCAAAAAAAGUAGAUUGCUUGGAUCAAGACACAGAUUUUCCCUACAUUUUCAGAGUACGCCAUUGUGAAACGGCCCCUUUCCAUUUUCAAAGACAUCUCACUGGUGGCUCUUUUCUCCAGCCAUGUCUCUGGACUGAGACUGGAAAGCCACAACAUAGCAGCAUGAGAACGGACACACUCAUCCAACCUACUGUAAAUAAGACUUGACACAACCAGGAGGGAUCUUUUCAUUUGUUUGGGGGUGUCAUUGUACAGUUACAAAUUUGUUUAUUGUGCUGAGUAUGUCAGAGUUUGUAGUUGUAACUUUCUGAGAAGAAAUAUUGUAUUAAAUGCACUCAAU